AUGUCACAUAUCAUUAAACAAGUUUAUUAUGUUCCUUACCCAUCAAUUCAGCCACAUAAACCUGGAUGGUGUGUUGUAAUCAAAACAAAACCAUUGGGUCAUAUUGAAACUGACGAUCUAGUGGAAGAUGUUGCUUACCAAGACGAUGAAAUUUCUCAAAUUAACGAUGUGGUUGAAGUUGAAAAAAUUACAAAUUUGUGUGAUACAUUGGCCGAGGGUCAUCAAAUUGAUGCAUUUAUGUUGUUGGUAGAUAAUAAUGUGGAUGAAGAGCAUGAAGAGUUUGGAUCUGAGGACAUUAUUGGAUGA